AUGGUGAAGCUUCUGGUCGAGGCUGGAGCUAAUACAGAAGCUAAAUGCAAUGAUGGUUUUACCCCGGCGGAACUUCUACCUCGCCGUAAUCGUAUAAUUAUACAACAGCUUCUACGCAAACCUGAAUAUCAUUCGCCUAAUAACAUCACGACGUCCCUAGAUAUUACGAACGGACAACACAGAGAUAAAGGACAGCCAACCCCGGGAGAAAGCAUGGAUACCGAACAAGAGACUGCUCUGAAGCCACUAUACCCGAUCCUCAUCAAUGGGAACCUUCUCGAUCCUUCUGUUAAGCCGAAGGAGGACGCAUCGGGUACCAAUUACGUAUUAAUCCAAACCCACGAGAAAAAGCUUGGGACGUCAAAGAGACAGGAUCUAGCCGAUGCCAAUCUCGUGCCCCUCAAGUACGUCUCGAUGAACACACGUCUUUGCAGCUAUCCAGACGUUAGCUUGGCCAAGAUUCGCCAACUGGCUCCGGUCCUCUAUGCGGAUAUAUACCGCAAGGAGCUCAAAGUCUCACCUAUCCUUAAAGGUUCAGAAGAGGAAGUCGAAGUGGAUGUCAUAUUUCAUAACGAUGUGAACCUGAGCGCCGAAGACCUUCAGGAUCGAGUUGCAAAGGAAUCAGGUCUUAGCUUGCAGGAUAUCGAGUUCAGCGGACAAAAAGCACGAAUGACCGUACAGGGUACUCGUAUUGAUCGAAUUGCGGAAAUUGACCAAGUAUUCUGUAUAGAAGCAGGAAGCACGAUAGAGAACUGAGUUGAGCUGUCAACACAUUCAUUUUACACACUAAGAAAUAAACCUCUUAUGUAUUCAUAACGGAUACCUAGGCUAGGUAAGGUAGCUUCCUUUACACCCCUUCAAGUUCAUAUGCUUGGAGAAAACUGAACCAAAAUCAUAAAUAUGAAACCGUGAUCCUCAUACAUGCUUUCAUACAUAUCGUGA